AUGUUGUUGCCAUCAGAGCGUCAAAAUGAAGAUUAUUUCCCUCACACCAUUACUUACGAAGCAUUCACUAAAGAAGUUGAAGGUUGGAACACCAAACUCGAAGCGAAAAAGGACCAGACAUGGGAUGUUCCUCUUUCUAAGAAGAUCCAGGAUUAUCUGGAUUAG